AUGGCUCCCACCUCUACAGAUCCAGCUCUCAGCGUAGCGAAUGACCUCCAGAGUCUUAGCCUCAGCCCCGCUGCUCCCAAGGGAGAGGUCCCAUCAGCGACCCCUUCGGACUUCCUUCUGCCGGACGAUGCGGUCUGCGUCUCCGCACCCGGGAAGGUCCUCAUGGCAGGCGGCUACCUCGUCCUUGAACGUCAACACGAGGGCCUUGUCCUCGCUACGUCUAGUCGCUUCUACUGCGUCGCCGCCGGUACUCGAUCCGCUGCGUCCAGCUCCACCGCCGACCCAAAAUCCGCAACCAUCACCAUCUCGGCCUCGCAGUUCCCGGCGGAAUGUUCCUGGUCAUACCGCGUCAAUCUGGUGACUUACCCGGCGCCGCAGACGAAUCCUGGGAACGGGAAGAACAAGUUUGUCGAGAUUGCGCUGGCGAAGACGCUGCAGCUGGCUCUGGAGACUAUCUCUGAGGGGGAGGAGUAUAAGGGGGACAAUGAGAAGGCGGGAGUGGAGCUGUUGCGGAGAAUGAGGGGAAGUGGAGGCGGUAUGGAGGCGUUCGUAAUGGCCGAUAAUGACUUCUAUUCGCAGCGCGAGCAGCUCACUGACCGGAACCUGCCACGCCGCAUCUCAUCCCUUACACAACUGCCCCCGUUCAACCCCCUCCCUCGCCCUAUUCACCAAAUCAACAAGACCGGCCUCGGUUCCUCCGCGGCACUCACCACAUCCCUCACUGCCGCCCUCCUCUCCUACUUCGGCAUCAUUACCCUUCCUUCCUCCUCAUCCUCCCCCACGCCCGAAGAGACCACAUCCCUCGACACAGUGCACGCUCUCGCCCAGCUCGCACACUGCCUCGCCCAAGGCAAGGUCGGCUCAGGCUUCGACGUCUCUUCCGCCGUAUACGGCUCACACGCCUACCGUCGCUUCUCCCCCGCCAUCCUCACGCCACUCAUGUCCUCCCCGCAUCUUCCUAUCCGCGCUGCCAACCUGAAAGACUCGCUCGCCCGGGAUAAAUGGGACCAAACGACCGCUCCUCUGCGCCUGCCCAAAGGCCUCAGGCUCGUACUUGCCGAUGUCGACGCAGGGACGGAUACGCCCAGCUUUGUCAACAAGGUGCUGUGGUGGAAGGUCGAGCAGGCGGAAGAGGCCGGGAGAAUGUGGGCGAGCUUGGCAGAAGCGAACGGACUGCUCAGGCAGCACUUGGAGGGACUGUGCAGUAUGGAGGAAGAUGAGGGGUACACGAGGUUUAUGGAGGAGAGCGCCGAAAAGCAUAUGGAGGACGUAAGCUACAUCGCGGCUGAAGUUGGGGUUUACUCGACGUUAUUCGUGAGCUCGUUGACUAUCUCGCUUCACAUUUGCCUGCGUCAGCUCUUCCGCCUCGUCACCGCCGCGUCCAAAGUGCCCGUCGAACCAGCAGAGCAAUCCCGCGUCUUGAACGCCAGCAUGAAGAUCCCAGGAGUGGUAGGCGGGGGUGUUCCAGGCGCCGGGGGAUUCGACGCGCUCUUCCUUCUCGUUGUCGACACCCCUACGGUGCUGGAGGCGGUCCAGGAUCUCUGGGAAGGAUGGACGGAGAUGUCCCUGUGCCCACUUUUGGCGAGGCAGAGUGAUGGUGGGUUGGUCAAGGUCGAUGUCGGGGAGGUGGCCGGCCUGAAGGAGGGAAUAGCAGGAUGGGAGAAGAGGAAGUUGGCCGCUACACUAUAG